UGUUCGUCGCUUCAAUUAAUUUUUUUUAAAUAAAGCCAAUCGAAUACUCAAAAUGUUGGACACAGCUGAAAUGAUAACAUUUACCGAAAAGUUGAUCGAAGAAAUAAAACACUAUCCCGUUCUGUACGACAAGGUCGCUGCGCGUGGGAAGGACUUCGAAAAAGAGGAAGCGUGGGUAUCUCUCACAGAACGUUUACCAUCAGAUCUUAAAGUUACAGUCGAUGACACGAAAAAAAGAUGGCGAACCUUGAAAGAUUGUUAUUCCAAAUAUCUUCGCAGUGGUACGACAAGCAAUAAAUACGAGGCACGUUACAAAUCAUGGCGGUGGUCAGGACACAUGGAAUACUUUAAGACCUAUGUGUUGCACACCUAUCAUAAUGGCGAUGAGAGCCUGUUUUUAAGGUCCACGAAGAAAUUUAGAAGACUAAGAGAUCGCGCAAGAUUAGAAAAUAAUAGAGUAAAGAACCGAACAGAAGAGCAUUUAAAAGGCGAAGAGUUUAUCAAAAAUGACACUGUCCAACCACAAAUAAUAGAUAAAAACAUCAAAGGUGAGAUUGAUGAGGAUGUCUUAGAAGAGGUGGACGACGAAUCUUAUCAAGCAGUUGCUAAUGCCGUGUCAGAGUACGCAAAUACUUCAUCAGUUGGUUGGGAUCAAGAAAUUGAUGAAUCAGAUACUAGAGAAAACCUUCAAAAUUCCUCCCCGAAGAGUAUCGCAUCGGUUGAGCACGAGAAUUUUAUUGAUCCUUUGUUGGGGAGAAGUUUCGAUGGAAUUGAUUUAACAUUUCUUGGGUAUGCUAGCAGCAUCAAAAAGCUCACACCGCGAAGGCAAUCACUGAUCAAAUUUGCAGUAGCUAAACUUAUAAUGCAAGAAGAGUUGGCGCAGCAAAGUGAAAAUCAAACAAGUUCAUCUUAUGAAGGAGUCGUAAAAAAUGAUAUAAGCAUUGAGAGAGUGUGAUUUACAUUUGAUUCACAUUUACGCCCUAUGCUGUAAUCCGGCGUAACUGUACGAACAUUCGGAGUGAUGUCGAAGCUGAAGGAGUUUUACAAAAAUUAUACUCACCUAUACUAGAAUCCGUCGUUCGUCCAAUUUUGAUACGAAUCGGAGUAUCGGUAUGUUGUUCUCCAAUUCUCCCGAUAGAGAAAUCCUCGAAUAAUUAACAAAGGGAAUAGCAUUUUCCCCACCAAUUUGGGAGGAGAAAAUUCGAAAGCUGAGAUUUCCAUCACGGAACCAAUAGCUAUAUCCUUCAAAGUAUACGGAUUUUUUUUAUACAACUCGGUGGGGAUAUUUAUAUUAUUAAUGAAUUUAUAACUUUCACAAUGUUGCUGCUAAUAGUAUUUAAGUAAUUUGUUGUUAAAGUAUCCCGACUACUAUCACAAAAUUUUAAUUUAAAAGGCCACUUUUCACUUAUAUUUAUAGUAAUAUGCUACCCUUAAAAUGUUCGCAUGCGUUUGUAACACUUUAAUUAUACAUAAUUAAUUAAGUAAAACGCGUUUAUAAAUGUGUAUAGAAAUUUUUCCACAUUUCAUAAACAAAAAGAAAUAAUGGCCGACAGCAAGAGCAAAUGUGUGUUACCAUACGUUUUAAAAGAAAAGAACACCACAAAUAAGGCACAUAAUCACAGUAUACC